GCACAUUGAUUGGUCAACAAAUGCAUGCAAGCUCUGCAAUUUUCCCACGAAACAACCGUACUACAAUUGAAAUACAUACUUUGUGCCAACACCUCAACUGAACCUAUAAAUAAGCACACGUUUGCUAUCAUAACUACACACAAAAUUUGCAGCGGUAAUAGAAACCAAUUUUCAUCAUCAUCUUCAGCUAGAACAAAUGAUGAACAGAAAGCCCCUCUCCAUUGCUCCCCUCGACUCUCCCACCAUGGAUGGGUUGGAGCUGCAGAUAUCAAAGACGUCCACGCCCAGCCCACAGAGCACAACCACCCCCACAGCGGCGGAUCCCUCCACCACAACAAUCGGCCGGGUGAAGACGAGCAUCCACGUGACGGCCCUCGACGGCAUAGUGAACGUGAACUCCCUCUUCACCAUGGCAAUCUUCAUCGGCUUCUCGUUCACAGCCCCGGAAGCCGCCACCGCGGCAUCACGGGCGGAAUGCACCACCAGUCGGGAAACAGUGAGGAGACUUAUCGUCUUCGAAGUGAUAUCCUUCAGUUUCUUCCUCUUUUCAUCCCUCAUAGCUCAAAGCAUGAAGCUGGCAAUCAACCUGAUCAACAAUAUGGAUCCAACUGACCCACACAAAGCUGACCUCGACCCCGACUUCCUCAAAUACGGGCUGUUUGGAUCAGCGAUCGGAUCGGUGGCGGGGUGCCUGUUCUUGACGCUGUCGAUAGUGGAUUUUAUUCAGGUGAAGCUGGGGAAGUAUUCAUGUGGAGGGAAACCCGUGUACGCGCUGGUGACGCUGGUCGUCUUUGUCGGCUUUGCGCUUCUGGUUUAUAUCACCACAGCUAUAUACGCUUCCUUCUUCGUCGAAAUAACUGGCAAGAACACUGCUUCCGACCAGAAACAGAGCUAGCUCCAGGCUCAAGGCUCAAGGCUCAAGGCUGAUGCUGCAGCUUCCGAUUCGGAAUUUGUGGGCAAGAAAGAGAAAUUAUGAACCCUAAUUAUAGUUAUUAGGAGUCCAUGAUGAAUAUAAUUCUUAUGGAUCAUGCUGUUAUUGUAAUCAAUCAUUCAUUCUCUAUGUUUUCUAACUUUUUCUUAAUAAUUUUUUGUAUUUUUUGUCCCACAUUUAGUUUUUUUUCUUUUAAAGUUUUGAUGCUAAUA